AUGUCAACGGAAGGCGAUGGCGAACGUCCGAUCUGUGGAAGAUGCCGUGUUGGCAGUCGAGAAUGCCGUCGACCGGACAAACAAAUCCGCUUCAUAUUCGGCAACACGACCUUAUCAGAGGGUCGCGGCAUAACAAGCUCUACGACAGUGGAUAGUCGUCUGAGAGCAAUAGAUCCGCUGUCAGUAGAAACUGAGACACAACGUCCAACUCUUGCAACGCCCCGGCUCCUCCUUUUAGCCUCGUCGGACCCUGCCAAAGCUCUCACGGAGCCUGAGAUUGUCGAGGCCUUUGCACAUUAUAUCUCGGUCCUCGCUCCGUGGUAUGACUUGAACGAUCCACAAAGGACCUUUGGCACCCUUGUGGUCGAAACAGCCUUGCAAGUGCCGAUCUUGUUCAAAGCAAUCGUAGCCUUCUCUGCCCGCCAUUCGAGUAAGCUAAAUGGAUCGAACUCCGAGAUUGCCAACAUUUUCCACGACGCCUGUGUCGAGGACUUUCUGUCCUCCAUGGAAUCUCCAGAUACAACGCUCAAGGGCAGUAAAUUGGCUGCAACGUGCUUGCUCCGAUCAUACGAGAUCAUCAAUGGAGGCUCUCGGGUGGAAAGCCAUCUUCUUGGAGCCUACUCAUAUGCAGUGAGUGAGCCGAUCGACUUCUCUGAGACAGGCAUAUCGCAAGCUGGCGCAUGGAACUAUCUUCGCGAAGAGAUCACCGUUGGCCUUAUGCGACGCCGUGGAGUCCGCAUGGGUCAGAUUUUCCACAAUCAUCUGGAAAAUGAUCCUUACGAUGUUUCACUUCCCAACCGCAUAACUUACCUCCUCGCCAAAGUUAUCAAUUUCUGUUUCAUUGAGCCUCAUCUCCAGGCUCUUCCUGCAAGCCGACAAGCCACAUGGCGUACCCUCAACUCGGAAUUUGUGGCUUGGAAGGCAGAACUCACAACGAGUUUUGUGCCGUAUAGUUCUGCAGCCAAAUCUGGUAAUCCUUUUCCAUCCCUCUGGAUGCUCAGACCCUGGUAUGUGGCUGCCCAGCAAUAUCGAUCUGUGGUUGAAAUUCUCCUGACUUUACACGACCCUCUCCCUGUUGGUGGGCAUAUAAGCCGCCGGAGCUUCGCCUUCGCUGAGGAACAAGCUUUGGUCAUAUGUGGUUUGGCAUGGACAAACGACGACGACUCUGCGCAUGUCAAUGCAUAUGGGCCUUUGGCCUUUUGUGGAAGGUAUUUGAGCCGGAGACACCAUCAGGAAGGACUGGUGGCAUUUCUACGCAAAUCGAGCAAUGACACAGGCUGGCCCGUCAUUGAUAUUGUCAAUGAUCUUCAGCAACAUUGGGAGUCUGAAUAUCACGCAUCAUAA